AUGGCGGCCGGAUCGUUAACGGCACUGUGCCUACUGCUCGCCGCGGCGAAUGCGGCGGCCGAGGCCACGUCCUCUUACAUCGUGCACGUGGCGCCGGCGCACGCGCUGCCGGCGCCGCGCCGCGGGCUGCUCUCCGCCGGAGCGUACGGGUCGUUCCUGCGUGCCCACGUUCCAGCGGACGUGUCCAGCCCGGCGCCGACGGUGCACUACUCCUACGCGCACGCCGCCACCGGCUUCGCGGCGCGGCUCACGGGCCGCCAGGCCGCGCACCUCGCGUCCCAGCGGUCCGUGCUCGGCGUCGUGCCCAGCGUGGCGGAGCGGCCGCACACAACGCUCACGCCCUCCUUCCUCGGCCUCUCGCCGGCGGCUGGGCUGCUCCCGGCAUCCAACGGCGCCACCGACGUCGUCAUCGGCGUCCUCGACAGCGGCGUGUACCCCGUCGGCCGGGCGUCCUUCUCCGCCGACCCGUCGCUACCGCCGGUGCCGGGCAGGUUCCGGGGCGGCUGCGUCGCCACCCCGUCCUUCAACGCCUCCGCCUACUGCAACACCAAGCUGGUGGGCGCCAAGUUCUUCUACAGGGGGUACGAGCAGGAGACUGGCCGGCCGAUCGACGAGCGGGUCAUGUCCAAGUCGCCGCUCGACACCGACGGCCACGGCACGCACACCGCGUCCACCGCUGCCGGCUCUGCCGCCACGGGCGCCGGCUUCUUCGACUACGCAAGAGGGAACGCCGUCGGCGUCGCGCCGGGCGCGCGCAUAGCCGCCUACAAGGUGUGCUGGAAUAACACGUGCACGUCCGACGACAUCCUGGCGGGGUUUGAGGCGGCCAUCGCCGACGGGGUCGACGUCAUCUCCAUCUCGCUCGGGAGCACCAACGGUGCACAGCCGUUUCAUCUGGACACCACCGCCAUAGGCGCGUUCAGAGCCGUCCGCAAGGGCAUCGUCGUCUCCGCGUCCGCGGGGAACAAUGGCCCCAGGGAAACCACUGCCGUCAACAUUGCGCCAUGGUUUUUGACCGUCGCCGCGUCCACCGUCAACCGCCAGUUCCCGGUAGAUGUCCUUCUUGGGAACGGGCAGACCUUCACGGGCACGUCGCUCAACACGGGCACCCCGCUUGGCGCCACCAAACUGCCCUUGGUCUACGGCGGGUUCGUGGGCACACAAUUCUGUGAAGCCGGCAAGCUGAACGCCACCAUGGUCGCCGGAAAGAUCGUCUUGUGCGAGUCGAGCAACAAUGCCCGGACAGCGAAAGGAGAAGCCGUGAGGAUCGCCGGUGGUGUUGGAUUAAUCCUCGCGAGCUUCGAUUUGUACCGCGAGCAAGCCAUGACCGACGCACAUGUCCUCCCUGCAGCAUCUGUGACGUUUGUGGACGCCGUGAAGAUAGCCAACUACAUAGCCACGGAUGGAUCCCCUGCGGCGACGAUCGCGUCCGGCGGCACCGCCAUCGGCCGCAGCGCGCCUCCCUACCCUAGAAUGGCAUCCUUCUCAAGCCGUGGCCCGAGCCGCCACGCGCCGGAGAUCCUCAAGCCCGACAUCACCGCCCCUGGCGUGGACAUCCUGGCCGCCUGGACAGGGGCCAACUCGCCCUCCCACGUCAGCACCGACACGAGGCGAGUGGAGUACAACGUCAUCGCCGGCACCUCCAUGUCAUGCCCGCACGUGAGCGGCGUCGCCGCGCUGCUCCGGCAGGCGAGGCCCGAGUGGAGCCCCGCGGCGAUCAAGUCCGCCAUGAUGACCACCGCGUACAACGUCGACAGCGCCGGCGGCGUCAUCGGCGACAUGUCCACGGGGAAGGCCUCCACUCCUUUCGCCCGCGGGGCGGGCCACGUCGACCCCAACGGCGCCGCCGAUCCGGGCCUGGUGUACGACGCCGACGCCGAGGACUACAUCACCUUCCUCUGCGCCAUCGGGUACGACGCCAAGCAGGUCGCCCUCUUCACGGGGGACGGCUCGGUGACCGACUGCUCGACGCGCUCCGGCUCCGGCGUGGGGGACCUCAACUACCCGGCCUUCUCGGCGGUGUUCGGCCCCGGCAAACGCGCCGUCACGCAACGCCGCGUGGUGCGCAACGUGGGCGGCAACGUCUGGGCCACGUACAAGGUGAGGAUCACUGCCCCGGACGGCGUGCGCGUCACGGUAAGCCCCGGGACGCUGCGGUUCAGGCCGUGGAGGAAGACGCAGGAGUACAAGGUCACCUUGGAGCUGCAAGAGAACCUGCCGGAUAAGCACACAUUUGGAGCGAUUGAGUGGAGCGACGGCCAGCACAAGGUGAAGAGCCCCAUCGCCAUCACCUGGCCUCCCGCGACCGGCAAAAUCGCGCAACUAUGACUGGUCCAUGGAUGUGCGCCGUUGAGAAACCUCGUCGUUUAUGUGGUGUCAUGAGAUGGUUGGUGCGGAUAAGAUACGAUCACUGUAAUAGUUUGCCCAUCGUAGGCCUUUACAUAAGAUGCAUGUGCGCCAUGUAUGUUUCUCUCACUAGAGGCUGGGGCGCCACCUGGUGGCGCCUCCUGAGACGGGCUUGUGCGUGCUUAUCUUGUCUCCGCACAUUCAUCUGUCAUAUUUGGUCAUCAGUCUCA